UCAACAAGUGAGGGCUAUCUCCACUGAUGUCUUAUCGCCUAUCUAUCAUCGCGAUAGGGAACUCUUUUUAAUCAUCGCUGUCCCUUAGAUGAAACAACAUCGGUAGUGUGAAACAUUGUCGACCAAUCAAACUCCAGUGCAAUGCAAAAAUCCUGGCUGUGGGUCCUGAUUUUUGUGCUCGUGGUGCAAAAGAUUUCAGCACAGAAUUGUGUACUAAAGUGGGAGAACGGGACAACCAUCGCAGAUGAUUUUUCAUUUUCCAUCGUAUUACCGGAGAUCGAGGACACCGAACAACCAGGAAAGAUCCUGCUCACUCUGAUCAGUGAUAAUAUUCAAGAAAUUGUUGAAAUCACCACUACUUCAAACGAGAAAUUACGGUACAUGAAUGCUACCAUUGAUGGGACAUCAAUAAUAGUGAACCUCACUGAGCAUUUUAUCGAUUAUGAAAAGUACGAGACGAAGAAGGUGAUUUACAUCGCAGUCGUUUUCAAAUGCGCAGAUGAAGGCCAAAGAACGCUCGAAAUCAGACAACCCAUCACGGACACGAACAACCACGACCCUGAAUUCGAGAACACUCCCUACGUCUACAAGCUCCCCAUGCCCUUCCCCAGCGGCGUAAAACUGGAGCUUCUACAAAGGAUAUCCGCUGUAGAUCUCGAUCUCACCCUCACCAAAAUGAAUUUCUUCCUCGAUUCCCAGGACGCCGUCAGCGAGGCCUUUUCCAUAUCCCGGUUGGCACUCCCCGAUGAUAGUAAUCCCAAGCGUCAGUUUGCUAGUUUACAGACCAAAGGUGUUCUGAAUCUGCUGACCGACACCACCUUCUACAUUUAUGCAAACGAUUCUAUGGAGCCUGUCAGGACCGGAAGGACAGCGGUGAUAAUCCAGGUGGACAAAGAUAAUUCAGCUUUAAGUUUUGCCAAACCCCUAUAUUCUGCUAAUUGUUCUGAUCUUUCGCCUGGAGAGGCGGACGGAUUUACCCCGAAGUUUGUUGAAGGGGACAUAUCCCUCGGGGGUGGUACUAAUGACACCGAAUGGACUAUCGAAGAUGUAUCCAAGAAAUAUGCUGAUAAUUUCAAGAUAAACAUCUCUCAAAACUUGGAAAAUAUAGAGAUUACCCUAGUGAAACCACCAGCCUCAUUUUUCCAGGAAUCUUUUGUCGCAUUGAUUCUGAGUGCAAGGAAAGUAGGUGGUGCAGCAGCUAGCACAGUCAUUCACCUGACUCUCCCAGGGAGACAAUCGCAUGACAUCCCUGAUGCUGUCCCUAAAAAUGAGGACGACAGCGAAGAUUUAACUCCUGUUGUAAUCACACUUGCUGUACUGUUAGCUAUCGUUUCAGCUGCUCUCAUUGCCACCAUUGUUCUCCUCAGGAGACCAGGGAGAGGAACUAAGCCAGCAGAGAAGAGCAAUGGAGCAGUCCAACCGCGAGGAGAAAUGAGAGAAGUUGAAAGAUUGGAUAGUGAUCCGAUCUCAAAUGGACUACAGAGACGAUCAGUGGCGUUCAACGACACUGUUGAGGAAAUAAAAGUCGCCAGACUGUGAUGCCAUAAAUACCUGACUACAGAUUGAAACGGAAAUCCGUUGGAAACUGUUCGUUUAUGUCGAACUUCCGGAAAUUCAUCGUUAAAAAAAAAUAUUACGUACGACGAGUCGGCAGUAAUGAAAAGCAACUAUUAACGCUGAACACUUCAGUUUAAUUUGACACAAUUUCAUUUAUCUUAAUUGAAAUUUAACUUUUUACGGAAAAAUAUCCCUGAAAUCUUCUGGUACUAUUCCUUCAGUAAUAGUUCAUUUCGAUACAACUGCAGGAAAGGGUUUUAGGGCUCGUGAAAAUUUUAUAGGAUGAGCCGAAGAUGAGUUCUAUGAUCCUACGACUGUAAACCCACUUGCUCCGUAAAUAUCGGACACGAUUGUUUGACAAAAUAUCUAGGAAAUGGGAUUUUGCGCACACAAUACAUUUCUUUCAAAAUGAAAAAAGUUAAUUAACUGAAUAAAAUAUUCCUAGUCACGUUUAAAUAAAUUAUGUAAUUUAUGUAUUAAAAUAAAGUUUGAUAAGUCAAUCACCGAUUCAA